AGGACAACAGGAAGUAAAUGUUGUCCGGUCAGGAGCUGUCACACGGAGCAGCAUAGACGCUAUGUAGUAGCUUAUUUUCGUAACCGUGUAGAUAAAUGACUUUCUGUGUUAAAUGGGAGGAAGUCUACCAUUCGUACAUUAACUGUAUUUUAUUAUAAAAGCAUUAAGCUCUUCGGGGAUUCCGUCUUCAGUGCUAGAGAGCUAACGCCGGGGCUAGCUGCAGAAGUUAGCGUGUUCAGCCAGCUAGUCUCAGGCUGCCGCUGUACGCCAGGAGGGAGGAAAUAUCCGAAAUGAGUGGCUCUAUUACGGGGUACCGACCUGCUUAACCGACCUUUACAUCAGUUCCGUGUCGCAAUGAGGAGCACAAGAGGUAAGCUCUGAGGUCUCGGAGCCAUGAACUCAGUUUCCCCGAGUGCAGCACAAUACGUAGGGGGAGUCAUGCAAGAUGAGCUGGUGGACAGGGGGAGGCAGCAGCAGCCCAUGGAGCGGCAGGGCAGCUUCGGAGUCAGGCCUCCACAAACUCAAGGUGCCAGCAGAGAAGCCGCCGGGGAGCUUGACGAGAUGGACAAACUCAAGGCCAAACUUAUGUCAGCGUGGAAUAAUGUCAAAUAUGGCUGGACUGUUAAGUCUAAAACCUCCUUCAACAAGGUGUCUCCUGUGACUGUCCUGGGUCACUCCUAUCUGCUUAACAGUGAAGAUGAGGUGGAGCGGUUCCGCCUAGCGUUUGUGUCCAGGAUCUGGUUGACCUAUAGGAGAGAGUUCCCUCAGCUGGAGGGCUCCACCUGGACAACAGACUGUGGUUGGGGCUGCAUGCUGCGCAGUGGGCAGAUGCUGCUGGCACAGGGGCUCCUGGUUCACUUGAUGCCCAGAGACUGGGUUUGGCCAGAGUCUCAGCAGCUUACUGAUGUGGACUUUGAGGUAUUCCGUCCACGUUCCCCAGCCCGGGCUGGAGGGGUCCCAAUACCCUCCUUUGGCUCUCCACGAGGUUCCAGCACCCCUGAGAAAUCCCUGCCAAGCAGUCAGGCACCUAGAUGCAGCCAGAAGAAAAGGGUCUACGAGUCCACAAAGGACAGGCAAGAGCACAUCCACUCCAGGCUUGUUACCUGGUUUGGGGAUCAGCCCCCAGCACCUUUUGGCGUUCACCAGCUGGUGGAUAUUGGCAAAGGUUCGGGGAAGAAGGCUGGUGACUGGUAUGGCCCCUCUGUAGUGGCACACAUACUGCGGAAAGCAGUGGACAAAACAUCUGUGGUCACAAACCUGGCUGUAUAUGUGGCUCAGGAUUGUACAGUGUACAAAGAAGAUGUGGUGCAUCUGUGUGAUCGGUCACUGAAUCAGACUUCUUCCGAUCCGUCCAGUCAGGACUGGAAGUCUGUUAUCAUACUGGUCCCUGUCCGGCUGGGAGGGGAGGCCCUCAAUCCAUCCUACAUCGAUUGUGUCAAGAACUUCCUGAAACUGGAAUGCUGUAUUGGAAUAAUCGGAGGCAAACCAAAACAUUCGCUGUAUUUCAUUGGUUUCCAAGAUGAGCAGCUGCUGUAUCUGGAUCCUCACUACUGCCAGCCAGUGGUCGAUGUCAGUCAAGUUAACUUCUCACUGGAGUCGUUCCACUGUAGCUCUCCUAAAAAGAUGCCCUUCAACCGCAUGGAUCCGAGCUGCACCAUCGGUUUCUACGCCAAGAACAAGAAGGACUUUGAGUCUCUGUGUUCUGCUGUCAGUGAGGCUCUGUCAUCGUCGAAGGAGAAGUAUCCUGUCUUCACCUUUGUGGAGGGCCACAGUCAGGAUUAUGGACUUGAGGGUCACAGCAGCAAUCACAGUGGACCUCCAGCUCAUAUCCUGCCUCCAGGGAGACUAGGCAGAAGCAACAACAGAAGAAGCAGUGAAGAGUUUGUCUUCCUGUAAAGCUCUGAGGACGAUGCUCUCCCAUCUGUAGGGGGCAGAAGUGGACACUCGAUUGCCUUUAAAAGACUUGAUUCUGUCGAUGCUGCAGCUGCAAGGCGGGCACAACUCUUUUGUGCUUUGUCUUCCUCACUGGUCAACACGGCUGCUGUCAUCACCUCUGUGUGGGUGGCGUUAUAAGCUAACAGGCAUUAGUGACUACUGGCUGGAGCACUGCUUUACCUGACGAAGGUGACUUCAAAAUGGAUAGAAACGUUUUCAAGUACUUGAAAUGUUCUUGGUUCAUUUUAUCAGACGACGUCAAAAAAAGCCUCAGUGGUGUCUGCAUCAUCUUUAAUUGGCUCACUCGUCUGCCUGAUAUUGUUCAUGACUUGUAUUAUAUCACAUUCCCUCUGCUGAAUAUUUUUUUUAAAAUUUUAUUCUUUAAAUUAAUUUAUCAGAUUUAAGAAUGUGUGUUUUGUGUGCGAGUGAGUGUUUUGUUAGUGUAAUUUAUUUGUCUUUUAAAUUGUGUUAAGGAUUAUGCCGUGUCACAUCCCAGAGAAAUUUCAGAUUCUUCCACGAGCGUCUUGAACAGCUGUAAAUUCAUUUUUAGACCUCGUGGUCUCAAGCCCAUGCACUUUCAGCUCUGACUCUUUAUUCAUUAAGGAUAUGAAAAUCUGCAAGAAAUCUGCUGUUACAUUGUUCCUGCUGCUUAAAGAACUAAAGGUCAGGUAUAAAGAAAAACAAUGCCUAAAGUUGGAGAUGACUUUUGUAUUUUUGCCUGUCAAACUGUGGCUUAAAUCAUUCCCGCUAUACUAUUAUAUAAACAUGUUUGCAAAGUAAAACACCCAGCUCUUACUUAUGUACGUGUUCUAGAUUUUACCUUGCACAGCCAAGGUAAUGAGACAAACCGAAGCUGAAUGGAGAUCUUUUUUUUAUUUUAUUUAUUUUGUUGUUUGCUUGAUUUUCAGACUUCUGCUGCAGUGUCUCUGUGUUUUUGUUUGUCCCCUUUUUCUGUAAAAGCUACUACUGCAAGUUGCACUACUACUGUUAUUGAGUUUAUUGUCCUGAUUAAACUUCAGACACUGGAAUUACAGUACAUGUUACUGCGUUUUGUGUGUAGAUUUGAACUGCAGGUAUAUACGCUGUCAAAGGAACGAGAGCGAUGGGA